AGAUUGUUAAACUGGACUAACGUUAUACUGUCUAUGGAUUUGCCUCCUUAAAAACAACAUACCGGAGGCGUUAUCACAAACUGCAGAUGUCGUAAAUCUUCUAAUACAUCCAUCUCCCAUGAGAUUUCUGCAUCUCUCGUAUCAACUUGUCAGAUGGACUCAGUCUCGCGCUAUUUAUGAAGAGCUCUCCCUGUGGGUGUCACAGGUCUGAUGCUGCAGCUGCUUCCUGUAUUGAAGCACCACCAGAAAGAGCCAAAGCCCUUUUCGUUUCAGAGCCCCACACCGAGAACUGAAACACGGAGGAAUUUGUUGCUCGGACGCUGCCGUCCUGCAGAGGGAAGCCAGCCGAGUCGGUCUGCCGGUGUAGCUGCAGGGAAAACUGCGGCGGCCCGUGUCUUGUGAAAGCUGAGAAGCGAGGGGCUGCACAUUAGGACUGAGAGACGCAGGGCACGAUUUCUCCAGGAGCUGGUGCUAGCUAGUAGCAGCUAGUUGGGUAAUAGCAGCAGGUAGAUAACCCAGAAGAAGCAGAAUAAUAGAAAUGUGUUUACUCCAGAAACUAUAGAUGCACCGGAAAGCGACCUGACUUUUAAAGAGCAUCUCGGCAUGAUACGAUUUAACGUUACCCAAAUAGCUGACUGACAUGCUACCGAAAGUAUACUAACUUUGCUAACGUUAGCUAGCCAAGUUACUAGCCACCAAGAGCUGAUCCUGUUGCUUUUUCAGACUGAGUUUCGAAUAAGGAAAAGGCUAGAUUAGCAGCCUCCCAGCUCACUGCGGGUUAGUGCAUUCUUUGAGAAAGUCAUUUAGGUUAUUUAUUGAAAUGGCUCCUAAAAGAAGACCCGUUCCCCUGAACAUAACGCCCAUCGGGGAAGGACAGGCCACCUCAAACACGAUUGAUGCUGCAUCUGAAGCCAACCUUGAGGCCUUACAAAAGAAACUGGGUGAGUUGGACCUGGAUGAACAACAGAGGAAACGACUGGAGGCCUUUCUGACCCAGAAAGCUCAGGUUGGGGAGCUGAAGGAUGAGGAUUUUGACCCCAUAUGUGAAUUGGGUGCUGGAAACGGAGGAGUAGUCAACAAGGUCCGCCACAAACCCUCUGGAUUGGUCAUGGCUCGGAAGUUGAUCCACCUGGAAAUCAAACCUGCCAUCAGAAACCAGAUUAUCAGAGAGCUGCAGGUGCUGCAUGAAUGCAACUCCCCCUACAUUGUGGGCUUCUAUGGAGCCUUUUACAGCGAUGGGGAGAUCAGUAUCUGUAUGGAGCACAUGGAUGGUGGAUCCUUGGACCAGGUCCUGAAGGAAGCCAGAAGAAUCCCAGAAGAAAUCCUGGGGAAAGUUAGCAUAGCUGUAUUGAGGGGAUUAGCCUACCUGCGGGAGAAGCACCAGAUCAUGCACAGAGAUGUCAAGCCCUCCAACAUCCUGGUCAACUCUCGCGGGGAGAUCAAGCUGUGUGACUUUGGUGUGAGCGGCCAGCUCAUAGAUUCCAUGGCCAACUCCUUUGUUGGAACGCGCUCCUACAUGUCGCCGGAGAGACUGCAGGGCACUCACUACUCUGUUCAGUCUGACGUGUGGAGCAUGGGUCUGUCCCUGGUGGAGUUGGCGAUUGGCCGCUACCCCAUCCCCCCACCAGAAGCCAAAGAGCUGGAGGCCAUCUUCGGACGUGCUAUUAUGGACGGGGCCGAGGGAGAGCCUCACACCAACAUGCAGAGGCCCAGACCACCGGGCAGACCCGUGAGCGGUCAUGGGAUGGACAGUAGACCAGCGAUGGCCAUCUUUGAACUUUUGGACUACAUUGUGAAUGAGCCACCCCCUAAACUGCCACUUGGGGUAUUCACCAACGACUUUCAGGACUUUGUGACAAAAUGUUUGAUCAAAAACCCAGCUGAAAGGGCAGAUCUGAAGAUGUUGAUGAGUCACACGUUCAUCAAAAGAUCAGAAGUGGAGGAAGUGGACUUUGCUGGCUGGUUGUGCAAAACCAUGGGUCUCAACCAGCCCAGUACUCCCACCCGCGGCACUGAGUGAACAGGCCCCCACUGCCCUGACACACCUUCGGUCUUGCUUGCAUACACAUUAAUAUACUGCACAUACACGUACACAAGCCAUCACACACAUUGGCACUUUUUUCUAUCUUGCUCUUGGGGAAAACGGUCUCCCCCCACAUUUAUUUCUUCACCAGCAGCAGGGCCCGUUGAGUCAUUGUACUGAGUCAUUGUACCCCAGCUUCACCAUGCCAGUGUCAAGAGUAGCCACAGCUCACGUUUCCACACUGCAACAGUGGAUGUAAAGCACUGAAGGGCUGCCAGUGUGUCAGCUGAAUUUGCAUUGAUUGACAAACUUCUUUUGUAUUGUUGAAUAUACUGUAUUCAUCUUUUUUUAUGGCAACAGUUGAUGGCUUGUGCGACUUGUAUUUUAACAAAUGACCUGCUGUAGAGAUUUCCAUACAAAGAAAUCCGAACAUAUCACCUACUUGCAAAUUCUAAAUUGGUUUUAUCGAAGGUGAAUGCACUGAUUUUCAUUUAAAAUCCCUUUGUCAAAUGUAUUCAUGCUAAAAUGACAAGAGACCUUGCAACUACCCCCAAUGUAAUAAUUGAAUUUGUCAGUAGAGAGUGCAGGACUAUUGUGUGUGUAUGAGGAGUCAUUUUCACUUUUUGGUAAAUGAGCGAUCACUCUAAAGAUCCCUUUUGUGAACAAUGUCACAAACCAAAGAGGGUACUCAUGACUAAACGUUUUCAAUGCCUGAUCAGUUUUUGUUCGUAUGUACAUUCAUGAACAGUAUAAUGGUGUACUUUGAACUUUUUGAUUUUAUUUAUUUUUUUUAUUUUUUAUUUUUUUUCCCCUACCCAGUGGUCUACACUCUGCGUUGCCAUUGUUUCCUCAACAUACAUUUCAAUGCGCAUCCCACACUGUGGCUCUCUAAUGGGAGGAGUCAUAUGCUGUGGAUGCCUGAUAUAUGCCAGAAUGUCAUUAAUUGACAUUGAUAAAACAAUGAUCAAAAUGUAUUCAUGGGAUGAUAUAGCAUGGUUUAUCUUUCUAAUACUGUAUGUGUAUUUUAUUUCCCAAGAUCAUGAUUGGGAUGACUAUCUGUUUUUAUCAAAAGCCUGAAUCUCUGCAAUGUCAAUAUGAAAUUUCAAUCAUGUUGACUAAUUCAACCUUUUUUUCCUCUUUGUUGUUGGUCUGUACUUUUCCCCCUGAAGUGUAUUUGGUUAUGCUUUCACUGUACUGCUACGUGUGGUGCUCCAAGCUUUCUCUUGGGACACAACCAGCCUAGAGGCGUGCUUUUGGGAAAGGGUUGAAAUACAUUUGACAACCCUUACCAUGUGAUUUAACCCAAUUAUGGUGAAAAUACAACCCAACAUUGAGUUUGACUGAACAUUUUAACCCAGGUCAGUGUUGCUCACAUGGUGGUGGUGGUGUUACUUGCUAGCCUGCCGUCUUGCUAGAGCUGUUGUAUUCUCUGCUUAUGGCUGCCCUUUCUUAUUCCCCCCCCAAAAAAGUGCAUUCGUUCAGAGCAAAAUGGAUACAUUGUCACUUGUAUGUGUACAAAGCUAUAUACAAAAAUUACAGGAGUACUAUUUUGCAGUCUUAAUAUACAAAUUUUUGAUUUAUGUAAAUGACAAGGGAGAAGUCAUUUUAUUAUAAUAUAAAAAUGUGUUGGAUAUGGUUAUAAUGUAUAAAAAGAUUAAAAUAAAACUUAUUUGUGAAUGUA